CUUUGAAAGAGAAGAUGAGACACAACAUGUUAUCUUCUCAAUCGGUUUCAUUUUUUCUGAUCGUCGUCUGGUUUACCGAAUCCUUCGAAUACCAGGAUCAUUGUGAACAACGUGAAUGGAUGACUUUGGAAAAAGUGAUUUUUGAAAAUGGUUCAUAUCGAUAUUCUCAGCAUUAUAUGCAUUUACAGAGCAUCAGUAUUAAGCAGUCUCAGCCAGCUGUGAAUGGAAGUUUCAAUAUACGCAAUGAUUUUUCGGUGAGCUGAAUACAUGUUGUGGUGAAGGUACUUGUGCCUGUGUUUACGUCUUUUUAGUCAGUUGAACCGAAACUGUCGUUUGAGUAUUACAGUAGUCAGGUCACAAGUUUCCAAAUUUCCCUUUCUGGUGAAAUAAUUAUGAACGGACAAGUGUUGCUCGGAUACAUUAAACCGUUUUAUUCAUACAAUACAUAUCCUGCUUUUGAGGUUUCGAAUGAAAGUGAGUUCUUGUAUUAUUCAGUUAUAUUUUGUUUCGUCACUUAUUCACACACUUCAUUUUGCAUACAUUAUUCUCUAUUUGACUUGAUUAUUACACAAGAGCUUAUCAACACACGAUGAUUGUUUUGUUUGCGUGAUUUUCGUACCAGAAAAUGUGUGUUUCAGAACACAAGACAGAGAUUCAUCUCAAAAUGCAAACACAUUGGAAGAGUAGAAAUGACAAAACAAGUGGUAUUAUUGUCCGAAUGUCAAUUACCAACUCUUCAGUCUAUCAAAACUACAAGAUAGCAGAUAUCGGCAUCGACACGAUACAUCUUUGUAGACUAAAUUAACCGGAAUUAUCACAUGUGCAACAAUAAGCGAUGUUGUGAGAGAGGUCAUUUUGAAUUAUUGACAUCCAUGAACUAUCAAAUCAUACUUCAUGUCUUCCAAUACUUUUCUAGCAAUUACUUCAUUCAUACAAGUCUAAUGUCUUUGAGUUGCUGUCUGUUUACCAUCGAGUUUUGGAUUCGAUCUUUGCAAUGACAUUCGUAGUAUUGCCAAAUUUGAAUACAGGCACUUCAUGUGACAGAUGAACAAUCAAAGAUGGUUAACUCAAACCAGAACAACCUAGAACACCCAUAUUGCAAACAUCCGUUUUUGGUCAGUUAUCAGAAUUGAUUAAUAACCGAAUCUCAGAAAAUGUUAUUAUAAUGGUAUUGUCAGUUAGACAUUAACGGUCUGUACCACAGUCUAAAGCUCCUAGAACAGAUGUUACGGAAGUAAACUAUUCUCCUCAGUUGAAUGGAUUGAGACAUUUAUCAUACGGAUGAAGGCGAUAAUAUUUCUUGAACUUUCCACAUGAGAGAUGCUCGAGUAUUUGUCUACAACGAUUCAAUAAAUCUCAGAAUGAAGAUCAUAACUUACAUGCCAAUGUAGUCCGUGUUAAUACGUUCAUUUAUUAAAUGUGAUAGAUAUUCAUUAUGCAGAUAUUUAAACAUCCAUUUUUAUUUUCAUUAUUUCAGAGGAAUUACUUGCUGUCAAAUGGUUUAUUAAUAAAAACGUUGAUGGUAAACGUAAGUCAACACAUGUGGAAUAUAAACACUUACAUCUUCAUUCCAUAUGAUUAUUCAUAUGUUAUCAGAUUCAAUUUGUCUCAGAAACUGAAAAUGUAGGAAUUUGUCACUUUUCAGAGAAAUGAGGGUAGAAUUAUUUGUGAAAUUCACUGAUCGCUUGAUGACGUUGAAUAAGAUUUGAAGAAUAGUUCAUGUGAUCUGGAAAUGACUAAGGUUGAUGAGUAAAAUACAGAUCACUAUAGUGAAUAAAUUAGGUCAUAAUCUUACUACAUUUGUGUGAAAACGAAUUCAGAGAUUCGAUGACGUUUACAGGCUUGAAUUGAAUUGAAUUUGAUGAUCAGUUUCAGUUUCAAAAUAAAUAAAUUGUGUUGUAUGUUUGUCACAAAGUCAGUUCGGUACACAACACAUUCAUCUACAUAUCCAUUAAUCUCAUAGUUAUUUUAAAAAUAUCCGUAAUACCAUCUAUCUAAGGCUAUUCGUUUCUCAUCUACAACAAAUAAACACUAUGGUCGUAUUCAGUUGAUCGACUAAAAUAUCACGUGACCAUAUAAACAAUUGAAUCCCCAAGUCCAAACACUCCAAAUCUUAUGUCAUGUGUACACAUUCUCGAUUGUUUCAGCAGGCAUUCAAGAAUGUAUAUCGCAUACAUAUGAAUACUUCAUUGACCAUUGGAUUUUAAUGGAAUAAUUACCGAUUGAAUGUUUCAAUAAUAAUAAUACAAUAGUAGUACAGCUUUAGGCAUUUGACAUUCGUUUAGUAGGAUGCAUGCUUCUUUCAUUCACAUGACGUGCACUUAGAAUUAUUUAACAUGAAGUCAACUGAAGAAAAUAUUUGACAUAACACAGUAAGUAUUCACUGAAACAUGGUCACUUUAUGAGCUGACAUAUACAGUGUUACAUCUACCGAUUAUUUGGUCAUUGUUUUUGACCAAGCUCUAAAUAUCGAUGGUUUUCUAAUUGUAGAGUUUACACCCAAGGUAACUUGCCUAAUACAUCCGAAUGGGAAGAUAAUUUUGUAUUAUGAUAACGUAAGUCGCACAAUUGAAUGCAAAUGUAGUUUUGUUUCACGUACUUCAGAUUACUCAACUAUUUCAUGUUUAUCAAUACUGUCAAAUAUAUAACUAGUUACAUUGAACACGAAAGGAAUGUAUCAACACUCUGCAAUAUGUAAUCAGAAUAGUUGACACUAUUAUUCAAGCUUUGAUGACACAUCUUAUUCAAUCACUUGUCUGAAACAGUGAAUAAUUGGAAGUGAAUCACUUCAUUUUGAUCUAGGAGGUUGUGCGUUGAGAGAUAUUGACUCGAACUAUCAACACUUUCUUUCAGAUUCCACCGGAAAUUAAAGGAGUUGAAUGGAAACCGAAAAUCGUCGGUGUAUUCUGGUGUGAUAAAAUCCAAUAUAUCACACAAGAUGGAAUAGAAUUUGAAAUAAUUACUCCUGAAACAUGGAUCAACAGUGGAACAUUGGUGGAAUAUGAAUCUGUCAGAAACUAUUGUCCAAAAUACACUUCGCCUGAAGCAUGCCAAAACGCAACAACAUUGGAUAUAACUUGUUUUUGGUGCGAUAAGGCGAACAUAUGCAUUGAUGAUACUGACCAGGAUGCUCAUAACAUGAAAGUUAAUAACUGUCGGGUUGAGAACCCAGAAGUGAACGAGAUGAGUACACAAACACCCACCAAACACAUUGAAACAACAUCGAGCGCCGGUGAAUUUCCGGUUACAAACAGCCCCAAGGAAACUACAGAAGAAACUGAUGAACACUUGAACAUGACUACCGAAAUAACCAAAGAGAAUCUAGAGAAAGAAUCACCGCUGUACUUGUAUAUUGUGAUUCCUUUGAUCAUCACUUUCUCUGUUGUAUGUGUUGGUUUUAUAAUUUGGAAAUGCCUACAUAAAAGAAACAGAAGUGAAGAAUGAUUCUCAGAAAUAUCUCAUAACUUAUUUUUAUUAUUCCAAAUUGUUUUCAUUUCGUACUUCUUUAGAACACUUUCCAUAUUGUUAUUCACUUAAAUAGUUUGGAAUUAUGUACAUUGUUAUGGUUGUUUACGUAAUAACUUGUGUAAUCUUAUUGACAAAAUAUAGAACAUGAUUUUUACUAUUUGCGUAUUUGUCUUCAUUGAAUAGAAACUGUGUAGCGUUAAAUAAAUUUCCAAAAUAAAUAGCUCUGUAAGCUUUCGACAUUGGAUGCUAACCAUAUUAGUUUUAAUGCACUCACCUAGCUGAAGGCGAUAGGUCAUGCAUCCGCACCAGAUCACGAGUGGGAA